AUGGGCGAAAUUUAUACCAGUUAUCCUCCUCCGUUGAACCCCGCACAGAAGGAAUACUUGGUGACCACCAUCAAGGAUUGGGCCACGCAGAACGGAUUGCUGGUUCGCCCUGCGCCUUCGUUUGUUUCAAAGGAAAUUGAUCCUUCUGGGGUAUUAGCGACGAAUGCGCCUGUCACUCUCUUCCCCAGCCCCUUCCCGAGAUCAUGCUUCAAUGAGGCGACGGCUUUGCAAACUGUAUAUAAUCGGCUCUACGCUGCAAUAACAUGUAACGAAGAAUGGAUUGGCAAGAUCAUGGAAGAUCUCAUUGAUGUGGAUGAUUUCAUUUCGCACCUGUGGAAAGUCCACCUCGCUGUCAAAAAGGAAGGAUACGUUCAGACACUGUCACUUGGACUGUAUCGGUCGGAUUAUAUGGUCCAUGUGCCGUCCAGCUCUACGGCACCUUCCUUAAAGCAGGUUGAAUUCAACACUAUUUCAUCAUCAUUCGGAGGCUUGUCCUCACUUGUGACAUCUCUGCAUACCGAACUUCUCGAUUCUCCUCCUGGCCAUCCAAUUGCGUACCCGAAUCACCCGUUGUUCGAGUCGAAUGCACCGCCUGAGAACACAGCAGUGGAGACUCUUUCCGCUGGGUUAGCUGCAGCGCAUAAUGCCUACGGCCCGUCAAAGUCCACACCAGCCCUUCCCACGUGUAUUGUAUUCCUGGUCCAGGAGAACGAGAGGAACACAUUUGAUCAAUUGGCGCUCUUCCGGCAGCUGACCAAGGCUCACAAGAUACCCGUUUUCCGUUUGCUCAACUCCGAGAUUCUCGAUCACACGUCGAUCCCUAGCUCCAACCCAUCACGGCCCCUUAUAUACUCGCCUCCCCAUUCCCCAGAAACACAAUUUGAAGUCACGACAGCUUAUCUCCGGUGCUUCUAUGCGCCGACUGACUUCAAAUCGGAGCGUGACUGGGAAGCACGGACUCACGUCGAGCGUUCUGCAGCGAUCAAAUGCCCCACAGUUCUAAACCAGCUGGCCGGUUGUAAGAUUGUACAACAGGUACUAGCCGAAACUACGGGCCCCGACCACCUUGCAGGCUUCUUACCUGAUACCGACUCAGCCGUUGUUGCAAGGCUCCGGAAAACCUUUGCGCCCCAAUACGAUUUGGCCUCUGGUGGCCGUGGCAGGGACCUCGCCUUGAAUGUCGAAACAGCCAUGAACCACGUUCUUAAGCCCCAGCGCGAGGGCGGUGGUAACAACAUCUAUAAGGAAGCCAUUCCAGACUUCCUACGCUCCAUUCCCGAAAGCGAAUGGAAGCGCUGGAUUCUUAUGGAGUUGAUCAGACCACCUACUGAGGCAAAGAACAUUGCCUUGAGAACCGAUGGAGAGGUUCUAAGUGGGGAAGUCAUCGGAGAGUUGGGUGUCUAUGGAACUAUUCUCUGGGAUCAGGCCGAUGGAAAGAUCACCCACAAUGAGCAAGGCGGAUGGCUGAUGAGAACCAAGUCCAAGGAUGUCAACGAGGGAGGAGUUGCAACAGGAUUCUCCAGCUUAGAUAGCAUUCUUCUCUAUUAG